AUGCCGCCAUUCAAGGAAAUCAAGGUACGCGAGGUGAGAGAUCUACACAGGGGAGACCAGAUUGCGAUUGACAGAGUAGCCUACAAGCAUCACAUGAUCGUGACUGAAUACCCCACAGAUCUUACAGAAGUAUCUGUCAUUCAGUAUACUAACGAUGUUUGGCCUGGUGUAACUGGCAUAAUAGCAUGCAGUGGUAGGUCAGGAGUUCCUAUAGCUAUAGCAAAAGUUCGUGCAGACGUGGAGGACAUCUCUUCAGACGUAAGACGGGCUAAAGUAUACCGCAUAGAUUAUGACGAAUGCUUCUUCUCCCCAGACGAAAUUGUACAGAGAGCUAAAAGUAAACUUGGUGAAAGUAAAUACUGUCCGUUUACAAACAACUGCGAGCAUUUUGCCACCUGGUGUAAAACGGGAAUUCACGAGAGCUCGCAGGUCAAGUCUGCGGGGAAGGCGGUAGCUAGGGAGGGGACCAAAACUGCCAUGAAAGAAACAGCGAAUACAGUAUUAAGCGAAGGUGCCAAGUCUGUAGCUGGAGAAGGGGCAAAGCAGGCAGCAAAGGAGGGGACCAAAACUGUUAUGAAAGAUACAGCGAAUACAGUAGUAAAAGAAGGUGCCAAUUCUGUAGCUGGAGAAGGAGCAAAGCAGGCAGCAAGGGAGGGGGGCAAAACUGUCAUGAAAGAAACAGCAAAGACAGCAGUGAAAGAAGGCUCCAAAUCUGUAGCUGGAGAAGGGGUAAAACAGGUAGGAAAGGAGGGGACCAAAACUGUCAUGAAAGAAACAGCAAAGACAGCAGUGAAAGAAGGCUCCAAAUCUGUAGCUGGAGAAGGGGCUAAGCAUGUAGCAAAGGAGGGGACCAAAACUGUCAUGAAAGAUACAGCGAAUACAGUAUUAAGCGAAGGUGCCAAGUCUGUAGCUGGAGAAGGGGUAAAACAGGUAGCAAGGGAGGGGACUGGAGUAGCCAUGACAGAAGCAGGAAAUGAAGCAUUUAAGGAAACACUCGUAAUGAUAAGCACACCAUUCUCUGCAGGCCAGGCAAUUAGGGAAGCAUCUGUAAAUUUAAAAUAUCCCGUAGUGAACCUUGUUAUCGAAAGGGCUGCAAGUGACCUUGCAACAGACGCAGUGAAGACAACACUAGCUUAUGAGACAACUAUCAUAAAAGCUGCCAUGGAAGAAGCAUUAUUAAAGGAAACACUCAGUGAGAUAAGCAAUCCAUUCAAAACAGGCCAAGCAAUAAACGAAGCAAUAAACGAAGCAACGAGGUCGAUGUUUGAAAGCGCAACAGGCUUAAGAAUGAUAUACCCUGUAAAGAACUUUGGCCUUCUGAUGGCUGAAAGGACUGCAAGCGAGUUUGCAAAAGACGUCGUAAAGGAAAACACGAAACAAUUAGCAAAGGAGGGGGCCAAAUCUGUCACAAAGGACACAGCAAAGACAGCAUUAAACGAAGGUGCUAAGUCUGUAGCUGGAGAAGGAGCAAAGCAGGCAGCAAGGGAGGGGGGCAAAACUGUUAUAAAAGAAACAGCAAAAAAGGCAGUGAAAGAAGGUGUCAGGUCUGCAGCUAGAGAAGGUGCAAUGCAGGCAGCAAAGUCAGGGGGGAAAUCUCUUGGCAAGAAAAUAAUGGAGUGUCAGGGGAAAAUUGGCAUUGGACUAACUAUGGCAGUAGAAACCUAUGACCUCUACAACCGCACUAGGGAAUCUAAGAAGAAACGUGACAAUGGCGAGAUUUCACAAAAUGAUUUUGAGAAACAGGUAGCCACUCAUGCCGUUAAGGGUGUCGUUAAGGGUGCCGUCUCCCUUGUUGGAAGUACCUUGGGACAAACCUUAAUCCCCAUACCUUUCGUAGGUGGUAUGGUGGGAGGGAUGGCUGGGAAGGGAGCUGUUCGGGUAGGUGAGUGGGGACUGCAAUACUUGACCAAUUAAGAUUUUAUGGCCAUGACUAACGUGGGUCCAUAACAUCUGGGCAACUUGCAAUUGUCCGUGAAUAUAUCGAAGGAACAGUCCACUUAACCAUGUGGCUGUCUGUAAUGUGAUGACUGUUUUUUAGCGUGCGAAGAUCAGAGGUCAAAGCUCCUACACCUCCAGUUUGUAAUGAUUUAAUACAUAAUGUCAUACUUCAUACAGCUGUUUCUCUGUGGUGCAUAGAUUAAGACGAAUCUACUGUAUAUAUUUGUUAACUAUAUAAGUUAACUAUAUAGCUAUAUAACUAAAUUAGUAGACAACUCGGAAAGCAUUAAACUGGCGCGGUAUAAUGCUAGUUAAUAAAUGCUAAGUUAAGAAAAUAGAGAGCUAUUAAUUUUGUUAUUAUGAAUAAUAUAACUGUGUUACAGAUUGCUUGGGUAGGUUAUGUUACUACAUGUAAUUUUCAGAAACUGUUAGAGCGUUGGGUGUCUUGGACCAGUAGUAAUUACCAAGAUAGUCUAAGAUAUUAAAGGUCUGAGGAGUGGUCAUAAGUCCUUAUGUAAAUCAAGUCAAUACAUACUUUAGCCUUGUCUAUGCACAUAGAAUGGAAAAGAGACGCUUGCUAUAAAACAGUUGCAACAUUUUACUCAGCGACGAUUAUGAAUAACGUUCCAAGGAUAAUAUUGUCUCUUUAGAACAGGUGACAACUUUGCUUUUUCAGUUCUCGUUUUGAGCAUUAAGUUGUGUGUAAUUCAACAGUAUUGUAAUAUAGACAUAUGUUGAUGAUGUUUUAAUUUCUUAGAUAUAAUACAGCUGACUAGAUGUUUUGCUAAUGUCAACUGCGACUGUAAGCUAAUAAGAUGUAUUUGGUGAUUGCAUAUAUUGAUGUUUUUCUACUACAUCAAAUAUUGUCUUAAAGUUUGGGAUUGGCUUGAUGGUGCUUAAAUAUUCUUCAUAACUGUCGUAGUAAAUCUGUUUAAUAUAUACUAUCAAAUAAAUGUUUUUUAACACAA